AUGGCCAAUCAAGACGAGCCUACGCCCGUACCAGGAUGGACAGAUGAGCCAAUUGAGGCUGCUCCACAUGAGGAGGGUGCUGAUCAUGAUGAUGCAGAUUCUGCUCUAGAAGAAGGUGAUAAUGCGAGUUCAACAGCAUCUUUGACUGAGAGUGUUUUGGAAUAUCGCACGCUUAAUGGUCGUACGUAUAACAGCGGCAGGCAUGGAACCGAUAAGUACUGGGGGCCCAACGAUGAGCGGCAAAAUGAAGCUAUGGACAUGAACCAUCAUUUCUUGACCCUUUGUCUCGGUGGCAAUCUUUUCCUAGCACCUCUAAAGGAUGAUAUAGAACGAAUACUUGACAUUGGUACUGGAACAGGGUUAUGGCCAAUUGACAUGGGAGACGAGUACCCGAACUGUGAGGUUAUUGGAACGGAUCUAUCACCGAUCCAACCAACCUGGUGCCCACCUAACGUCAAAUUCGAAAUCGACGACCUGGAGCAAGAAUGGACAUAUGCCCCUAACAGCUUCGACUAUGUACAUAUCCGGUACAUGGUAGGUAGCGUGUCAGAUUGGCCAAAGUUAUUCAGGCAAGCAUUCAAAGCGCUCAAACCCGGCGGAUGGAUCGAGAGCUUCGAAGUCGAGGCCGACUACCGUAGCGACGAUGGCACCCUAAAACCCGACUCGGCUAUGAUUAUGUGGCGCGACUUGUUUAUCGAGGGCGGCAAGAAGCUGGGCUACUCGUUUACUAUUCUCUCGGAUGACGUCCAGAGGAAAGGGAUUGAGGAUGCUGGUUUCGUAGACUUGACGGUCAAGGAUAUUAAGGUACCUAUGAGUCCCUGGCCGGCAGAUCCGAAGUUGAAGGAGAUUGGACAAUGGGCUCAAUAUACUCUUGAGCAGGACCUAGAGGGUUUCGUUAUGUUUAUGUGGAACACGGUCCUAGGCCGCUCCUUGGAGGAAAUGCAAGUAUUCCUCGCAGCUUUCCGUAAAGAAUUACGGUCUAGCAGGACGAUUCACGCAUACCUGCCACAGCGGGUUGUAUAUGCGCGAAAGCCAGAGGCUGCGUAG